UUUGCCCCCGCAGGAGUCACCUGGAGUCCGGGCGGAGAGACGGGACUGAUGGCGCAACGGUAUGAAGACUUGGCCCACUAUGGGAUGGAGGGGGUUGGUGGUGUUUACGGAGACCCUCACCACCAUCAUCAUCAUCACCACCAUCAUCACCACGCUGCUGCUGCUGCCGCCGCUCGCUCCCUGCAGGCCGUCCACCUGGCAGCCGCCGCCGCCGCCACUGGUCCGUACCCUCCUCACCAGUACACCCAGUCCAGCCACACCAGCACCAGCACCGGCAGCAGCAGCAGCAGCAGCACGGCCGGAUCAGCUGGAGACGCUGCCAAGAGGGACAAAGACGCCAUUUAUGGUGUGCAGAUCAGAUCAGAGAAGCCUUUAUUUUCAUCAAACCCAGAGCUCGACAAUCUGAUGAUUCAGGCGAUCCAAGUGUUACGUUUCCACCUGCUGGAGCUGGAAAAGGUUCAUGAGCUGUGUGAUAACUUCUGUCAUCGGUACAUCAGCUGUCUGAAAGGGAAGAUGCCGAUCGAUCUGGUUAUAGACGACAGAGACGGGAACAAAUCAGACAGCGAGGAUUUCAUCAGGUCAUCAGGGAACAUGGACCAGAUUUCGUGGAGCAGAGAUCACGACGACGCGGCAUCGAUCCGGUCGUCCGGGACGCCGGGCCUGUCCAGCGGAGGACACACGUCUCACAGCGGAGACAACAGCAGCGAACAAGGUGACUGUCUGGAUAACGGCAUGGCGUCGCCCAGCACCGGAGACGACGACGACCCCGACAAAGACAAACUGCACAACAAGAAAAGAGGGAUCUUCCCCAAAGUGGCCACCAACAUCCUGAGAGCGUGGCUGUUCCAGCACCUGACGCACCCGUACCCGUCGGAGGAGCAGAAGAAGCAGCUGGCGCAGGACACCGGCCUCACCAUCCUGCAGGUCAACAACUGGUUCAUCAAUGCGAGGCGGCGCAUCGUUCAGCCGAUGAUCGACCAGUCCAACAGAGCAGUGAGCCAGACCGGACCGUACGGCCCAGAUGGUCAGCCAAUGGGAGGCUUCGUCAUGGACGGACAGACACACAUGGGAAUCAGACCAACUGGUGCGAUGGGUGGAGUAGGGAUGGGGAUGGAGGGUCAGUGGCAUUACAUGUAGCAGCAGCAGCAGCAGUCAGAGGAGUCGACCGUCUCAUCAAACCAGCACCUCCGUGUGGCGAGCGUGGAGCCCCGUCGCCGCCUCGCCCCCCUCUGAGCGUCCAGCCGGCCUGGCGAACCUAAAAAACAACCAACCAAACACCUGAC